GGAAGUCAGGUGAUUGUUGGAUUCUAGAGGAAGGGGCUCCGUUACAUUGGAGAGCUGGAGUGGUCUGGAGUUCCACGGUGUGGUGAGCCAGAGGUCACGUCUCCUGCGGCUUCUCAGUGUCUCGCCGGCGAGGUUCGGCCCGAGUUGGAUAGACAUAGCCCUUGGCCGAUUUAAACAACCUAAUAAGCAAUACAGCUGCCUCAAAUCUUUGGGAAUUUCAGAAUGACUGACACUGCCGAAGCUGUUCCAAAUUUUGAAGAGAUGUUUGCUAGUAGAUUCACAGAAAAUGACAAGGAGUAUCAGGAGUACCUGAAACGCCCUCCUGAGUCUCCUCCAAUUGUGGAGGAAUGGAAUAGCAGAGCUGGUGGGAACCAAAGAAACAGAGGCAAUCGGUUGCAAGACAACAGACAGUUCAGAGGCAGGGACAACAGAUGGGGGUGGCCAAGUGACAAUCGAUCCAAUCAGUGGCAUGGACGAUCCUGGGGUAACAAUUACCCACAACACAGACAAGAACCUUACUAUCCCCAGCAAUAUGGACAUUAUGGUUACAACCAGCGGCCUCCUUACGGUUACUACUGAUAGAAAUGUUGGCAGCUUUUAGUAAAAGCAUUUACUCUGUUACCAUGACAAAAGUUUGGGUGUCUUCUGUUGGUCAUAGUUUUAUAUCUGAUUUUAGAGAAUGGAUUAUUGAUUUUGUGGAAGUUGAGACUUUAAAAAAAAAUAGAUCUUACUUGCGAGAUGCGAUGGUUGCUGGGAAUACCUGAAAUUGUGGAUUAUAUUGCUUGACUUCUACCUCAGAAUCUUCUUUAUUUCAUGACUUAAUACUGCUAUGAGUUUGGUAUAUUAUUUGACCUCUAGGAGUUCUUUGUUUUACACAGAAAUAAAAAUUUUUAAAUAGAAAAUGCUUACUUUGUAAGGUAAGAGAGUUAUCCAUAUGCUUAGAUGUGUUCGUUUCUAAAAUUCUAGAGGUUGAUAUAAUCAGCUCAUGAAUGCACAGCUAUGCUUUUUGUGAUAGAUUGUACAUAGUAUCAGCAGUUGAAAGGUAAAACAAUCGCUUUUUUUUUUUGCUUUUGCUUUUGUAAAGUACUAUGGUACUUUGUGAUUCCUUACUCUAUAGAUAAGUCAGCGUCACAUUUAUUUGGGUUUCUUUUUAGAGGAAAAUCAGUAAUAAAGCUGUAAAAUAAGGAAUCGUUGUCAGUUUGUGUCUUGAUCUCAUGGUGGUUGGGAUCAGGGUACACAUUUUAUGCAAACACUAAGGCUUUUUGCUAACAACACAGCAGGUCAAAAUUCACACAUACAAAAGUUUAACUCUGUACUAUUCACACUUUUCUUUUUAAUCCUGUAAGUAAUGCUGCAUUUUGAUUGAUCUUUCUUUUUUGGUAUUUAAUGUGGGCUGAUUUUACAAUGUUAUAUUCACUUGCAGAUACAUACCUCUGCUGCUUUCUCUUCUAUAAAUAGUGAUGCUAUAAACUUCCUUUCACAGAGAUCAUUCUAUUUCAAAUCAUUUGAAUGAUUAUUACAAUGAUUUCAUUCAAAUAAAAAUCUUAAAA